AUGAGUAGAAGUAUUAAAGAUUCUUCACGUUACAAGUCUUCUUCAACAAGUAGGCACUCAUACCACCACCACCAUUCUGCUUCUUCAUCGUAUAGAUCAAAUCCUUAUUAUUCAGAAUGGGAUCAACAACAGCAUCGUAACUAUCCUUCAAAUAAUAAUAGCAAUAAUAUCAAUAGCAACUCUCACUAUCCUCCAUCGUCUACUUCUUCACGAAGCAAUAGUUCUUCUUCCUAUAAUAAUAAUCAAAAUAAUAAUAAUCAUCAUCAUUAUCAUUAUUCUUCCCCACCAAACGGUUAUGGUUCUUCUUCUUAUAAUACAGCAAAAUAUCAACAACAUUAUAAUUCAUCAUCACCAACGCCAUCAUCAUUAAUAUUAACAUCACCAUC